UUUUUUAUUAUUAUUUCUUUAAUGCCUGCAUUUUAUCAGAAUCGUUUGUUUUAAAGAUAUAACUGUUGGAGGCCUAAUCAGCUACGAGAGGAAAAAAAAGCUUACAACAUGCUGGGCACAAUACAAUUGUUUAACGAAUUAGGCAGCAUUUUUCGUAAUACGCCGACCUUUGCGCUGGUACUGGAAACGCUAUUAUUGAUCACGGUGAUAUGGCUGCUCUUGCAUAGGCGUAGCGGCAAAAGACUGACCAAAGAGCAGGAGGAUCAGCUUAUUGAGCAAUAUGAACCGGAACCGUUAGUGCCUGAUACGGAUGCCGAUCAUCCUUUGCUGCGCACACGCUUGGUGCAAUCACGUGUGGGCAAACGCAUUGUAGUAGACGGACACGACUGCUUAAAUCUAGGUUCACAUAACUAUCAGGGUUUCCUAGAGGAUAGUGAAAUUUUGGAGGAAGCAUGCAAAACGCUACGCAAAUAUGGCGUUGGCUCUUGUGGGCCUCGUGGUUUCUACGGCACUAUGGAUGUGCAUUUGGACUUGGAGGAUCGCUUGGCCAAGUUUAUGGGACUGGAGGAGGCUAUAGUGUAUUCGUAUGGCUUCUCGACUGUAGCUAGCGCUAUACCCGCCUAUGCUAAGCGUGGGGACAUUAUUUUUGUUGAUGAAGCCGUUAACUUCUCUGUGCAAAAAGGUCUGGAUGCCUCUCGCAGUACUAUCUACUUUUUCAAGCACAAUGAUAUGCAAGAUUUGGAGCGUCUUCUGAAGGAGCAACAACAACGCGAUCUAAAAAACCCCAAGAAAGCGCUAAAGACGCGUCGAUUUUUGGUUGUCGAGGGCAUCUUUAUGAACACAGGCGAAUUGUGUCCCUUGCCAGAGCUUGUGGCAUUGCGUCAGAAGUACAAGUUGCGAUUAUUUUUGGAUGAAAGUAUUAGCUUUGGCACACUGGGUAAAACUGGCCGCGGCAUUACAGAGCAUUUCAACGUUAAUCGUGAAGAGGUAGAUUUGAUAUCUGCUGGCAUGGAGGGAGCCAUGGCCACGAUUGGCGGCUUUUGUGUGGGCUCACAUUUUAUAGCCGAGCAUCAGCGUCUCUCUGGCUUGGGCUAUAUAUUCUCUGCAUCGUUGCCGCCUAUGCUAACGCAGGCUGCUAUUUCCGCCCUGGAUCGCUUUGAGCGUGACCCACACAUAUUUGAGGAGCUGCAACAAAAGUCGCGUCUGGUGCAGCAAUAUUUUAAACGUUUCAGCAUGUUGCGAUUGCAGGGAGAUGAACUCUCUCCCGUGAAGCACUUGUAUAUGAGUCAGGAGCAUGAAGAUUUGCAGACGGAGCGGAAGCUGCUUACAUUAUUGGCUGAUAAGUGCAUUGAGAAUGGCGUGGCUGUUGUCGAUGCUGCUUAUUUGCAGAACCGCGAACGCAAACCCGUGCGUCCCAGUUUGCGCAUUGCCGUUAAUCGUCUGCUGGAUGAGACGGACAUUAAAGCUGCCUUUGAUACCAUUGAAAAGAUUUCCACUGAAGUGCUUUAAGCUUGCCUUCAUUAUUGCGAAGGAAAUUGCAUACAUAUUUGUGUAUAGUUUUAAGUUACCAAUUUGUUGUACUGUCGUCCAAUUACAGUUAAGCACAUACAAAUUUUUGUAAGAAA